AUGCUCGUCUUUCCAAACGAUUUCCAAACGACAGAUUACCUUAUCGCGUUCAGAGUGCAAGCGCCCUACAGCAGUGUGUUCCUCCGUAGGCUAGUGCGAUGUUUCGGUGGGCGGUUGGAGAGCUUCCGAUCUGAUGCUGGCGCCGCUAUCCCGUCGCGACCUGGACGCAGAGGCGCCGGUCGUCUGGCCAGCCUGGUGCUAUUCAGCGACAUCUGUUCUAUCCAGGCGGAAACUAAUCCGAAACGGUGGCUUGACUAUUACACGGUAGCAGACGCGGAGAGGGCUGGCAACGGCCAGUUAGCAGUUGACUGCAUAACUAGCCGCCCGCUUAUCUGCGCAGUGGGUGGCGGGGGCAGGUGCACAUUUCCAUACGUCCUCCACGCCGGCGCGGAUCACGACUCGGCGCUGGCGUUUUUUCGACUGGAUCCCCAU